AUGACUUCGUGGCAAACAAUUCGUAACACAAAUAAAAUAUCAGUGGAAGCUUUGCGUGCGCAACUCUCUAGCUUGGGACUAGAUCCUCGUGGGCGUAAAAGAGUGCUGGCUGAAAGAUUGAGGCAUUACAUGAAUCCGGUCAACGAAUUUUCUACCACCACCAAUAAUAACGCUAAUGGCAACAAGAACCUCACGCAACUUCUAAAUGAAAAACACAUACCAAAAGAUAAUAAAAAUUCAAAUGAAACAUUUGCACAAACUUCUCCAUCACUAUCAUCGUCACCGCCUGACCCAAUACAUUCAGAUCGAGAAGUUGAAAACGAAAAGCCUGUUGAAUUCUUUACAUCCUCGAAAUCAAAUCCUAAGCCUCAGCCGUUCGAACAUUACUUAUGUUUUGACGUUGAAGCAACUUGUGAAGAGGGCGGCACUUUCGAUUACUUUCAUGAGAUAAUAGAGUUCCCGGUCCUCUUAAUAGACAGUAAGAAUUUUGAAGUUGUUGAUGUCUUUCACUCAUACGUGAAACCCAGUGUGAAUCCGACCUUGACAGAAUUUUGCAAAAAGCUAACCGGAAUACCACAGUCUACCAUUGAUGCAAGCCCGUCGUUUCCAGAAAUGUUGAAUGACUUUCAACAAUUCUUGCAUCGAUAUCAGCUCUUCUAUGGAAGUUCUUGUGCAUUUAUAACGGACGGUCCAUGGGACAUUCGAGAUUUCAUUCGUAAACAAUGCAACAUUUCACAAAUACCACGACCAUCCUACUUCACACUUCCAUGGGUCGACAUACGAAAACUGUUUGCCGAGACAUACAACUGCGAAAGAUGCAAUAUCGAAGCCAUGUUAGCUUACUAUGGUCUACAAUUUGAGGGGCACCUACACUCUGGGAUUGACGAUACGCGAAAUAUGACAGUGAUCGCGAAGCGUCUUUGGCAGGAUGGCGUAGUGUUUAUGCCGAAUAGUGAGUUGUCGAAGAAUGGGCAUAAAAAAAAUCCUAAAUCUGCCAAAAGGCCCAAGUGA